AGCUGGCGGUGCUGUCGCGGUGUGGUCGAAGCAGCAUAUAAACUUCCUGUUUGACUCUCGUCUUCCUUUCUUCUUCCGGUCCGAGCCAACAUGGGACGCGUCAGGACCAAGACGGUCAAGAAGGCCUCCAGGGUCAUCAUCGAGAAGUACUACACCCGUCUGGGCAACGACUUCCACGUCAACAAGAGGGUGUGUGAGGAGAUCGCCAUCAUCCCCAGCAAGCCGCUGCGCAACAAGAUCGCAGGGUAUGUGACUCACCUGAUGAAGCGGAUCCAGCGCGGUCCAGUCAGAGGAAUCUCCAUCAAGCUGCAGGAGGAGGAGAGAGAGAGGAGAGACAACUACGUCCCUGAGAUCUCUGCUCUGGACCAGGAGCUCAUCGAGGUGGAUCCAGACACAAAGGAAAUGCUCAAGAUGCUGGAUUUCGGUGGCCUCUCCAGCCUUCAAGUCACUCAGCCGACUAUCGGGAUGAACUUCAAGACGCCUCGGGGGAUGUAAUCAUGUUUAAUAAUCGUCUUAAUAAAGGGAUGUAAUUGUUAA